GAGCAAACAUGCUUGAAAAUUGACCGUUGAUUUUUGUUUAGUGAAAAGGGAGAGAGGGAAUAAAGGCCUCAGAUUCAGAAUUGUCCUGGCUGGAAUCCAAUCAGGUCAUUAGGAGCAGGUGGAGCCAGAGCAAAGUUCCCAUAUCUGACUGCUGGUUGACAGACAAAAGCAGCAGUGCUCUCUGAAAACACCAAAAAAAAACAACUCAGGUUUUUAAUGUGAAAAGUUAUAAUGGGGUUCAGAGUGGCUGCUUUCUUUGGGUUUGUGCUUUUCCUCUCAUGUGGAAAUCUUUGCUCCGCAGCACAAAUCCACUCAGUCUUGAUCACCAAUGAGACUCUCCACCAGGUCAGCCAGAACCAAGUGAAGACAAGCUCAGAGCAAACGGCUCUCAACCAGACUGAGCAAAGCCACCUGGUCCGCUCUCCUGUCACCUCCCAGCUCAGGACUUACCAUCUGAGGAAACCCGCUGACAGACCAAAAGCUCUGCUCCGUGUUGAGGGGCACAAACUGCAGAGGGCCCAGGCCAGAGGGCUACACUCCGAGCUAAAGGAAUCCACCCAAGCACAAGAGGUGUUGCAGAGUCGAGCUCAAGAUCCUCAUUUGCCUGUCGAGAAGGAAUCAAAGGUGCUGGUGAAGGUUAAGCAGCAGGUGCCAGUGCCAGCAGAGAGCGUGUUGGCACGCUGUGGAGAGAAAAAGGUCACCAUAGCGGUCAAUCAGGACUUUCUAGGCGGAUGUGCAGCAGUGGACACUGUUGACCAUGUCCUGAUGUUUCAGGUGGAAUUGCAGAACUGCAGCAGCACAGUAAUGAUGACAGAAGAGGCUAUCAUCUACACAUUUACCCUGAAAUACUUUCCAAAACCUGUAGGCAAGACCCCUAUUUUAAAGACCAACCCUGUUGAGAUGAACGUCCGGUGCCACUAUCAAAGGAGGCAGUACGUGAGCAGUGACGCCAUGAGGCCGGCAUGGACCACCUUUGCGUCUAAACAGCAAGCGGACCAGCGGCUGCACCUCUCCUUGCGUCUUAUGACAGAGGACUGGCAGUCACAGAGGCCUUCUAAUGUUUACUUCCUGAGUGACGUGAUGCACAUGGAGGUAUCUGUUCUCCAGGGUCACCACGUUCCUCUUAGGAUCUUUGUGGACAGUUGUGUGGCCACUGUCAACCCAGAUCCCAGUUCUCGACCCAGAUACCCCUUCAUCAACAACUACGGGUGUUUCAAUGAUUCUAAGCUGACAGGAUCCAAGUCUUACUUUUUACCACAGAACCAGCAGGAUAAACUUCAUUUCCAAUUGGAAGCAUUUAAAUUCUACCAGGAUGACAGGAAUGCACUCUACAUCUCAUGCCAUCUGAAAGCGACAAAAGUUGAUGCCCCUAUUGACGGGCAGCACAAAGCCUGCUCCUACUUGACUGAAGCCAAAAGAUGGGUGGCAUCAGGUGGAGACAAUAACGUGUGUCGCUGCUGUGAGAGCAGCUGCAGCAGCAGGCAGAGACAGAGAAGGAGCCUCGCAGCAAACGCUGCACUGCAGUGGGAAGGGAUGGCAGCUCCGGGUCCUAUCCUGUUGGAAGACGGCAUCCAAAACGAGGGGCUGACUGGGACGUCUGAGCCCCGUACCAACGAGAGCCCUGCUGUGUGGCGCAGGUGCAGCACUGUCUGUGGUGUUAGGCUGACGGCUGUGCUGGUUUACUGCCAGAGCCAUGCUGACCCCCUCCCAUCCCUGCCCACACCAGAGGCUAAUAAAAAGCCAUACCUAAUGAUACGCCAGCAGGAAGUGUGA